GCCUCUCUCAAGACUCCGCCCACUGGUCCCACCUGUAAUCUGGACCGGGUGGAGAGGGUUUUUAGUUCCUAGAGCCGGGGAAGUUAGCUGGCACAACCAAGUGCUUAAUUCACCUCUGUUUCCUUACACGGACUCUAAUUAAACAUUGAAAUAUGGCAGUGAACACAGGCACCUCUCUAGUGCUGUCCAGUCUGCUGUCAGUGCUGGUAUUUGCUGGCAUGCAGAUGUUCAGUAAGCAGCUGGGAUCCACUGAGUGGCUCACCAUCGUGGGGGGUUUCCUGGGCUCAGUCCUCUUCAUCUGCUCCCUCACUGCAUUUAAUAAUCUGGAAAAUCUGAUUUUUGGGAAGGGAUUCCAAGCCAAGAUAUUCCCAGAGAUUUUGGUGUGCCUGUGCCUAUCGCUGUUUGCCUCUGGACUGGUACACCGCGUCUGUGUCACCACAUGCCUGAUAUUCUCCCUCUUUGCCGUGUACUACAUCAACAAAGUAUCUGCUGCGCUCUACCAAGCCGCUGUUCCCGCGGUAACAGCAGCCAAGGCUGCCAGCAAGGGCAAAAGGAAGAACUGAUGAAUCUGUUGGAUCCCACUUGCAUCCAGUGAAUCAGUUAAUAUUACCCAGGUGCUGAUGGCCCAGUGCAACAAAGAAGUUGCACAUUUUGUAGUCUUGUCUUCAAUCCAUAACCCUUUGUGUAUUUCAGCAGACUUUUUAAAGAUUAUUUGGAAAGCAACAAACAGUCCCAUGACUUCAAGUCAGUCAUAGUCCUUUUUUUUUUUACAAUGAUCUCGUGCUUAGGGUCAUAACAAAAAGCCAAACAGCUGUCAACAUUCCAUUGAUAACCUUUUCCUCAGCACUCGUUUUACACUGAUUGCAAAGAGAUUGAAACAUCCCAACCUGUCUAUUCAUCAGCACAUCAAGUUGCUUCUUUUGUUUAAUUCAUUUUGUAAUUAAACUCUGUAAAAAGAC